UCUUGCCAGGUCCCAGUCUGGCUGGAAGAUACUGUUAGGAACCCGCAUGGCUGCAGUUUUUGUGACCCCAAGAUGCAGGAACCAGGAGGACGACGAGCAGGAGUCAGAAGAGAAGAUCAUAGUGUCCACAAAGCCCAUUGUUGUGUCUGCACACAGCAUGAACGUGGGAAGGUCUCUGCUGAACACAAAGACAUUUGUCGCCUGUCUGGCAUUGGUGCUGCUGGCGGUCCUGUGCAUCUGCAGCUACCUGCCUCACCAUCUACAUCGCCUCUUGCUGCCGCUGCCACGCCACGCCCCGACGUUCUUCCACAAGUACAACGUGAGCUGCUCUGCCGUGUACGACCUGGACCCGGCGGAGCUGGGGAGGUCGCUGGCGAUCAGAAGGAACGACACGGCGGACCCGGAUGAGACGCUGCGCGACCUCACGGCCGACUGCUCGCACUUCCUUCAGGUCAGAGGCUACGAAGACGUGUGCGCCACCGAGGAGGAGAGACACUUCCACCUGGCGUACUCGCUGGUGGUGCACAAGUAUGCCUGGAUGGUGGAGCGGCUGAUCAGGGCGCUGUACUCGCCGAGUAACGUCUUCUGCAUUCACUACGACCAAAAGUCCCCCGCUGCGUUUAGGUCGGCGAUGGAAGGCUUGGCGCGCUGCUUGCCCAACGUCUUCAUCGCCUCCAAGCGCGAGUACGUCAUUUACGCCGGCUUCACUCGCCUGAAAGCCGACAUCAACUGCCUGUCCGACCUCCUGGAGGUGGACGUCCCCUGGAAGUACGUCAUCAACCUCUGCGGGCAGGACUUCCCCCUGAAGACCAACAAGGAGCUGGUGUCGGAGUUGGCCGGCCUGAACGGCGCCAACAUGCUGGCGACGUACCGACCUGUUGAGUACAAGAAGCAGAGGUUCUCCUUCCACUACGAGCAGACGGACUGGAUGUCGCCAAAGAGAACGAACCUGGCCAAGAGCGACCCGCCUCACGGCAUUGAGAUGUUUACCGGCAGCGCCUACUUCGUGCUCUCGCGUGACUUUGUUGUCUACAUGAACGCCUCCGUCGUGGUCAAAGACUUUCUGGCCUGGUCAGAGGACACGUACUCGCCCGAUGAACAUUUCUGGGCCACGCUGGUGAGAAUGCCAGGCAUACCGGGCGAGGUGCCUAGGAGCGAGCCGGACAUCACCGACCUGAUGAGCAAGACCCGAAUGGUCAAGUGGAGUUUCGAGGAGGAGAGUCUCUACCCGCCCUGCACGGGGACACACGUUCGCGCCGUUUGCAUCUUUGGCGCGGCCGAAGUGCGCUGGUUACUGGAGACCGGCUAUUGGUUCGCCAACAAGUUUGACCCCCAAGUGGACCCGGUGGCCUACCAGUGCCUGGAGGAAAUACUGCAGAAGAGACAAAGGUUCUUACAAUCAAAAGAAACGUCCACUUGUGACUAAUAGUUUUUUAUCGAGUCCGCAGGCUUGUUUGUACACCACGAAAGAACUACAAGUGACUCCUUUGGUGUCCCACAGAGAUCCAUCCACAGUCCACUGUGGAUCUUCCGUCAUUUACCCUAACCUUUCAUUGGAACAAGGAAAUAAAACCAUAUUUGGUAACUUGAGUUGUCAGGUUCAAACACUGAUGACAUCUAUUAAACAGACAAAGAAGCAAGGAA